AUGUCGUCGAGAUCCGGACCCUCAGCCGCUGGGCCCGCCAUUUCCAUCACCAACGGCGCCCAUGGACACCAUACUUGGCUUCCGCCAUCGUCGCAUCUGAGUAGCAAGCCCUUCAAUCAUCGCGACGAGACGCCGGCGCGCUCGAAUACGCCCUCGCUGCUCUUUGAUGAUGCCACAAUGGCUGAACCGGCCGCCGUACAAUAUGAUGGAGACAGGGACAAUGCCGAGGAGGAGCACCAGAAGGCGCUCUUCAAGGAGCUAUAUCGGCGCAGCGAAGCACGCAUCGCGGACCUGUUUGGAGGCAAUAAGUUUGCAGAAGGACGCGGAUCUGCGGAGGAUGCGUCGGCGCAUCACGAUCAAUUGGCAGAACAGCCUUCCACCGCCGAGCUACCUAAGGCCCAGACCCCCAAGAAGUCUGCGCGCACCAUUGAUGAGGAUAACUAUGAUGAUGAUGAUGACGAUGAGGAGGAGGAUAUACGAGCGUCUACCCAGAUCAAGGAUAAAUCUGCCAAUGCCUUGUUAUCACCAUCCAAAUCCGGCAGCUCCCCCGUAUCCUCAGACCUAUCUCCUACGAAGCAGACAGAAGGACCCAAGGACGAAGCAGCGCAAGAACCCCGAUCUUCCGAAGAUGCGCGUAAGCAGCUGGAGGAGGAGAAGAAAGCUACAGAAGAAGCGGCUAAGCGUAGCUUCCAUACCCUAUUUUAUACAUUGGAGAAUGAUCGAGUUGCUAUGCUGGAGCAGCAGAAGUUGGAGGAGGCCGAGAAGCAGAUCAAUGCCGAGAUGGACCACAGUGGAAAUGCCAAUAACACAAGCGGCGGAGCCGGCGAGCAUCAUGGUUCCCUAAGUAGCGCUAACUUGGGCGCGUCGAGCUUGACGCUGAAGCAUCUUAUUGCGCGAAUCGAUCUCAAGCGCGAGAAGGUCAAAGCUUCAGAUGCCGAGCUGCGUGCGUUGAUGAACGAGGUUCGCAAGAAUAGAAGCAAGUGGGCGAGCGAGGAGAACGUCCACCAGGAGGAGCUUUAUGAAGCUGCGGAGAAGGUCCUCAGCGAACUGAAGGCGAUGACCGAAUAUUCGGCCCCUUUCCUUACUAGAGUGAAUAAGCGUGAGGCUCCUGACUACUAUAAUAUUAUUAAACAUCCGAUGGAUCUUGGAACGAUGACCAAGAAGCUGAAGACGUUGACGUAUAAGUCCAAGGCCGAGUUCGUCGCCGAUCUGGAUUUGAUAUGGGGUAAUUGCCUCAAGUACAACGCCGAUAUUGGCCACGCACUACGGCGGAAUGCCAACUCAAUGAGAAAGGAAGCCGAGAAGCUGGUUCCGCUAAUUCCGGACCUUGUUAUUCGACCUAGAGCAGAGGUGGAAGCCGAGGAGCGCCGAAAGCAAAAUGGCGGCGAAGACGAUGCCGGUGAUGACAGUGAUGACGAGCCGAUCAUGUCCUCGCGAGGCCGAAAGGCUGGCGCGAAAGGCUCGACCAAGGCGAGAAAGUCCGGCCCUGGAAAAGAUGAAGGGACACCAGGGAUCGACCAGAAACCCGCCCUUCAGGUCAACGGUGUCCUCAACGGACUGGGCCACGAUGGAUCCGAGACGGGGUUUGACGGAAGCAAUGGCUUUGCUACACCUCCACUCGGGUCGAUCACUCCUGGAGGAAUCAACGGCGUUCCAGGCUUGGGAAGUCAAGCCGAUGGAAUGGAUACUGACGGACCUUCAAUAAACGAAAUGUCGCUGGGGCAAGCCCUUGGUGCUGCUGCAGAGGAUAUCCGAGAAGAUGAGGAAUAUAAAAUUUGGAAACAAGUCACAAAGAAGGACCGUGCACUUGUGGCUAAAGAACGCAACCGACUCUUCAAAGGGGACAGACUCAAUCCAGAUGAGCCAGCUUUAGUAAGAACCAAAGCUGGAAUGCGGCGAUGGCUCCGUCACCAAAAGCAAGCUCAAGCAGACGUGUCUCAAGCAGAUGUUGGCAAGGAUGGAAAGGAAUCGGCUCAAGCGACAGAGACAUUAGCAGAGGGAAUGGAGGGUGAAGAGGAACGCGUCUUGCCAGACUAUUAUGAUCCGCUCUCGGCUAUCCCAGAUAUACCGCCUAGGCACCAGUGGAUUGAAGAUUCGGAAGGGCAAGUGAUCGAUCAGUCGGAAGAGUUUCUCCGCAUGGUCAAGCCCGGCCACUUCACCGCCCCGAAAAGCUUCUUGACCUCAAAGAUCGAGGCGAAUAUGAGACAGAUGCAAGAGACUAGAAAGUUAUGCUCCAAAAUCGGCGUCAUCAAACAGAUGCAAAUACAGGCUCAGAUGUAUAAUAAUCAGUUUCCAAAAUACGAGCCGGAGCCGUUUGUUGAAGCCGAUAUUGAACCUCAUGUCACCUCAGAUGACGGACCGGUCAUGGCAACUUGGGUUUGCAGAGCCACUAUGCAGCGAUCUGUUGCUGAACUUUGCUAUCAUGCUGGAUUUGAAGAGCUUCAGCCCAGUGCUCUUGAUGUAAUUACUGAUAUUGCGGGCGAUUUCUUCACCAAAAUUGCACGAACAGUUAACGUCUAUCGAGAAGCCCCAAAAGUACCAGCGACUGGGGCUGUUGCAGAAGCCGGGAAAAAGUGGCAAGAGCAUUUCACUGAUGAGGAGGUGCUCCUCCAUACCCUCAGUGAGAAUGGCAUGGAUGUGGAAAGCUUGGAGAGCUAUGUAAAGGAUGACGUGGAGCGUCUAGGCACGAAACUCGGAGUCAUGCAUGAACGUAUGAAGGCCCACCUUUCCGACCUUCUACGUCCUGCUCUCACUGAUGGCGGCGCGGAUGGAUCUGGUGCUUUCAAUGAUGGAAGUGAACAGUUCGUCGGUGGUGACUUUGCGGAAGAGCUGGGGGAAGACUUCUUCGGUUUCAAGGCCCUUGGGUUGGAUUCUGAAUUCGGGAUGUCGAGUCUCUCUGUUCCUCUGCAUCUGUUGCAUGCCAAGAUCCACAGAUCAUAUCCUGGCCCUACUGCGUCGGCGCCGACGGCCGAAAUCUUCCCGCCGUUACCACCACCGGAGCCAGUCACCAAAGAGAAUCUCCAGGAACAGAUUGGCCUUGUCAGAAACUUCUUUCUGGCGAAGUUGCAUGCCAAUGACGAUGAACCGUUACUGGAAGACGAGGAACUACCCCCUAAGCAAAGACCAUCACGGCCCCGUCUCGGCCCAACCGGCAAGAUCACCAGCCCAAGGAAACGGCCUCUGAAAGAGCAGAGUGGGAACUCGAAGAAAAAGAAGAAGCUCGAUAACGGCACAGCGAUGGAUCCUACUACGGGUACCAAAUCCGGUAUCAACGGUAGCCCGGAGAAAGGCAAUGCGCUCACCGCAUCAGCAAAGAAGCUGAAGCUAGGCUUGCCAAAUGGCGGGCCAGUGUCUAUGGAGAGGACUGAGAGCCAGAGCAACAUGAGCCAGACAGAGAAGGACGAUGCCUCGGCAAUUGGGAUGAUGAGCCCAGAGAGCAUUGAGCGAUAA